UCGAGACGUCGAGCAGUGCGGACGCGUCUCCCUUGCGCUCCUGGAUUUUCGGCGUUUCGCCGCGGAACUUGGGCCCUUGGGGGUGAGUCUUAACUCUUUUCGAUCAGCGGACGACAUAGCGAAGCCACGGAAUCGUCGUUUUACACGAAACUUCCGCAAGAAAGGCCUAUUUCGGACGAAAUUUCAAGUCGGGCGGCUAGGCCUAGCGCUAGGCCUAACGCUCCGUCCCUCACGAGGCGCCAUGGCGGUCGCAACGAGGGAGCAGCGGAACUUAGCCACACUCAUGAACUACAUCACGCGCGAUGAAGAAAAGGAGAAGCAAGCCAGCUCACCGGAAACAGACGCGGCGAGAGAGAAGUCGCAAUGGAGGACUGUGGGUGGAAAGAAGCUUCGAGUCAAAUUGUCGAGGAAGUUCCGGACCACCAUAAAGGACGAGGACAGAGCAUACGGAAUCAUCAUUCGUACGAAAGGACUGGACCUGAAGACUAUCGUCAUCGGUGAAAUCACGGCCGCGAUCGCCACCGCGACCGGAGUAUCGCCUCGAGACAUGAUCGGUACGGACCUCGUGACGAAGAACACCAUGAACAACACGAUCACCAUCAGGACAAACGACAAGCAAAGGGCGCAGAAGUACCUGGGUAUCACCACACUCAAGUACCAGGGAGCAGAAGUAGAAACCCAAGCGUACACGGCCAACCGAAAGGAGUCUGUAAGAAUAGUGGUCUCCAAAUGCCUCCCAAUUUCUAUCCCGUUCACGGACCAGGAGAUCUACGAGCAACUCAAACUGGAGAACCCCAAGAUACCUAUAUCCGACGCGAAGAGGAUGGGCCGGACCACCUCGAUUCUCGUCACCCUCGACACCACGGAACUUCCUGGAUUUAUAGUAUUCUACUGCUGUGCCAAUAGGUACCACCUAUACCAAGAGAAAAAGCAAGCGUGCACAUCGUGCCGAGAGAUGGGACACCGAGCAGACUCCUGCCCGUACGGACUCAGCCAAAUUUGUCCCAACUGCGGCGAGGAGCACGACUUCCCCAGGAAAAUUCCAGGCAUGCGCACGGAGUAUACGUGCAAACCCAGAUGCGUCAUCUGCGGCGGCAGCCACUACACCGGAGGAAAGGAAUGUAAGGACAGAUACAAGCCUUUGCCCGAGCCGAGGUCUCCGAAAAAGAGCACUCCAGAACAAGAUCGGGAGACGGUGAAAAUAGACAUGGGAAAGAAGAAUUUUCCAGAACUGAGUAACGUCACUACAGCGGGAGAAGACUCGGAAGAGGAGCUGAGCUACGCUCAAACCCUCCGCAAGAAGAAAGGUGCAAGCAAGAAGAAGCAAGACUCCAAUCCUAGAAUUAAGGAGCUCGAAAAGAAAUACGAAGACCUCGUACGCAAGCACGAGGAGAGCCUGCGAAAACAGGAAGAGCUCAGAAGACUCAACCAGCAACUCCUACGGGAGCUACAGAAGGAGAGGCACGGCUCAAACCCACUGGUUACGGAACCGCCUAAUGAACAGACGACAGUCCAAGAAGUGGAAAUGGCACCGCCUCCGUCUCUGCCCAGUGUACGUCCGCGUAAGCGCACAGACUCAGAGAGCACCGUCAAUUCUGUACAGACAAGUGACGAAACCAAGACCAGCAGGCCCGGGAAGGUUAGAAGAAAAGAAGAGCCCAACCAGAACGCCAUCCUGGCGGGACUAGCUAGGCUUGAGGCUAUGCUCAACGAAAUGAAACAGAGAAUGGACAACCACGACAAGGCAUUCCAGAACGUAUUCGAACGGCUCGAGCGGCUCGAACAGCGCGCCAAUGGACAACAGUAAUAACAUCGUCGUGUGGCAGUGGAAUAGCGGAGGACUUUGCGCCCGGAUCAACUCGCUCAAGAUGUUGAUCAUGGAUACGGAAACCCCUCCGGACAUUAUAGCGGUACAAGAAUCUGGAGACAAAUGUAACCUGCCAGGGUACGCAAGAUUCGAUGCAGAAGUUCAGCCAACCGGAAAAACGAUUCAUACUUUCGUCAGACGACAUCUCCCAGUCAAGCAACACGAAGUUGACCUGGAUGAAUCGGUGAAAGCAAUAGUCACGGAAAUUAUACCGAAGAAAAAGAAGCACAAAAGCUUAUUCAUCUGUAACGUUUACUCGAACCCC